AUGGAAGACCGAAGAGCCGCCUCUUCGCGGGACCGCCAGCAAGCUUGCGCCGCGCUGGAAUCGUCGUCUGCGCUGGGAAAUGGAAAGCCGGGCGUCGCCGACGGCCUCCGCGCUGCGGCUGCGCGCGCAGUGGCGGCCUCACGGCGCUCCAAGACAGGCCUGGUGGCUGCUGCCUCUCAUCUGUCCGCGAAUGCCGGGUCGGCCCUCUUGAAUCCUCUCAAGCGCCGGCGCGUCCGCGAGCAGGGCGGGGAGGAUGAUUUCUGGUCGCCUUCGCCCGACUUCCAGAGUCCCGUCACUGUGGAAGCGCACACUUCUGAGAUGGCCUUGCCGCGAAGGAAGGGCGAAACGGCCGAAUCCCGGCGACCCGCAUCGCGAGACAGUCGAGCGCCGGCUGUAUGUACAGCGGCUGUGGACGGCCGCUGUACAUACAGCCCAGCCGAGGCCAGCGCCCCGGAGAACGGAGGCGGCGAGAAGAAACGCAAGAAACGCCUGUCGGUCACGAUGCAUCCCGGGAGUCCAGAGCGCCUUUACUACGAAGCCUACGACGAGGGCGACAGAGAAGCGACAGAGGCACACUCGGGUACUGCGACUGCAAGGACCGGCACGCUUCUCGCAUCUGCGCCUGUUCCUGGGCGAGGAGCUGCGAAGGCCGCCGGCGCACUCUCAGAACGCUUGGAUCGCUAUCAACGGCCCUCGAGUCAAAAAGUGGAAAGUGGUGGCGAGCUGGAAGGUUUCUCUUCCGCGAAGGUGAAGAAGGCUUCCCGAGAAGCUACGCCAAGCCGAAGACGCACCACGAGCCGAGGACCUGGCGCAGAUCCCAACGAGAAGGAAAACAAGGCUCUUCAGGAGCGCAGUCCUCUCCCCUCCCUUAAGAAUCUGUAUGUGCAGUUGUCAGAUGAUGAAGAGUCCCCGGCAGCCGGCGGACGGACCCUCCACACCUUUCCUCUCUCUGGUCACCCCCCAGGAAAAACAGAGGAACGCGGAGACGGCUCCGAGGCACCGGGGAAAGCCAGUCAAGUUCCACCCUGCGCGUCUGCCCGAGGACAGGCGCCUGUCUUUCCUUCGCUCCUAACGCAUGCAGUGGCCGGCGGCUCUCGAGAAGACACCGUUAAGAAUGCAGAGAGGCCGCCCGCCAGCUCCGUCUCCUCUGCGCCUUCCUUCUCCGGAGAGGGACGGCCGCUCACCGCAGCAGAGGCGAGAGCAGGAGAGAGCGCUCAGAACACAGCCGACACACGCAGUCGGGAAAUCAACGCAGCUACAAAGCAGUCAGAACAGGGAGGUGCUGAUGAGCCGCCCGAGCCGCCGGCCGUGACACUGUCUGUGUCCUCGGGACUCCAGUGUGAGUUGACGCCGCCUGCGGGCGGGCAGUACGGCGCCUGCGGGGACCCAGCAGCCUUCGCGCCUUUCUCGGCCUCGAUGGCGCAAGAGCCCGCUUUCACGUCGCCUUCUCUGGCUUCUGCCUCUUCCUUCCAGUCAUCUUUCUCUCCGCAUGCACUUGGCGCCGACCAACUGUGCCCGUUCUCGCCCUCUGCUCCGUCUCCUCGGGCCGCGCCUCUGUCUACCCUCCCGCUGGACAGUCCGUGGCACGCCGUUCCGGCGCCGCUGCGCAAGGCCGUCGCAGAAUGCAUGCAAGCCUUUGGCCGCGAGCGCUCCAGGCAGCUCUCGCGUCUCGUCGCGCUCCUCGGCGACGUCGUCCACCCCGUCUCGCCCAUCGAAGUUGUUGGCCUCCCGGGGACGGGCAAGUCGCACCUUCUCCUGUCUCUCUUUGGCGCGUCGGGUCUCGCGUGGGGCUACGUGGACUGCGCGGCUGCAUGCGCGACUGCGGGCGCAGGUCGCCUGGCAGCUCGGCAAGCGAUUUGCGGGAAACUUCUUCUCCACCUCGCGCUGCAGCUGCGGCGCGAGCUCGGCGCCGCCCUGCACAGCGUGCACGCCCUGGGUGCCUGCGCGAGGCGGAGGCGUGAAUCGCCCCGCGCUUCAGAAGGCCCGCAGGAAGCGCAGGAGCGAUCGAGUGCGAGGCCGCAACGCACAAAGAGCGCGUCCCCAGCUGGCCCCACCGCCGACCUCGCCGCCCCGGUCGCGCCGUCCCCGGUGUCUCCGCGCCGGGAGCCUGCCUCAGCGUCGCCAUUCGCUUCCGCCGCAGCGCUCGAGCGCCUCGAGGCGGAGUUGCAAGAAAAGAAGAGUGCGCUGGACCGGCUGCUCCGGCAGAUGCAGAGCGGCGGCAAGCGCUCGGCCGACACUCUGGCGUUUUCUGGGACGCUCUUCUCUGCGGGGUUCUCUGCGAAUUCCGUUGAACAAUUCGUCUCGCUCCUCCGGCAACUCCUGCGCUGCUCCUCCCCCCUCGCCCGCCCCUUCAGUGUUCCACUCGUGAUCGACGAGGCCUUCUGCCUGGCCCAAAACAUGCCCGACCUUCUGCAUGCGCUGCUGCGUCUGCCCGAGCUCCUCGGCGGCGAGUCCAGUCUGGGAGGCGCACGCAGCGAGGGGUGGGGAGCGUCUCCAGAGAGCCCGCCCUGUGAGGCUGCGUCUCCAGAGAGCGAGACGGACCCGUUCGCUCCAGAGAAGACUCUGGAAGGCAAAGAGCUGGUGCUCCCCCCGCGAAAUGUGUGCGUGGUCUUGGUGGGGCGCUCGCCGCUGCGCCCGGAAAUCUUUGAGGGUUUGCCGCAGCCGCCGCGCGUGCAUUUCCGCGCGUAUGAAGCGAACGAGUCACGCGACAUCCUCGUGCGGAGCUUCCGCAGUCUGGGGCUGCCUGUUCUACGGCUCACAGCCACGCAGCAGGCGGCGCGCCGGCCAAAGACCGACUGCGAGACCCGACAGUGUACAGACACCGAGCUCAGCGCUCGAAAGAAGAUCGAACAGUGGGUGUACGGACUCCUGGAACCCGUGGAGCAGCGAACUGUCGUGGGCGUCGCGGGCAGGGAAGGCGAGGACGGUGAGACGAGCCGAGCGGCCGAGAGGGAUGCCGAAGCCCGCGAGCAGGCAAAAGAGGCUCGUGAGGGACUCCGCGAGGACGGCUACGCGUGGGAGAGCCGCCUGGUGCUGAGGAGAAUGCGGAGACGGCUUCGAGAUCCACACGCGCCCGAACAGCUGGACCCGUCCACGGCGAUUCACGCUGCGGAGACCGCAGGAGCGGGGAACGGAGGCGAGGCUCCGAAGGACCAAACAGAAAAGCUGCGUAGCGCCACGCCCAUGCGUAGGAGCUGUGUCGAGCCGUCUCCUGGGACCGAGCUGGAGGAGGGCUCUGGCGAAUACGAGAAAACGCCUUACGCGACUCGCGGGGGAAAGGACCACGCCAGGCUUUCUUCUCGAUCCGAAGCUGCUGUGGCGCAAACGUGCGAGGCGGCUGCAUGCGGCGUCACCGUCUCGAGCCCAGGCGAGAACGGCGAAGGGCGUGGAGCGGCGCGCGCCCCGGAAGAAGUCGAUCUCCUCCUCGACGUCGAAGUUCUCUGGUCCCACUUUGUCACGCUGUUCAUCCAGGCCUUCCACCAGUCUCUCAAGAGCGACUUCCACGAGCAACGCUUCCUCUGCCGCGAGUUCUGGGGCCAAGCGAUGAAUCUCCUCCUGCAAGACCCGAGCGAUGCAGGCAUCUCUGCUCUCGCUGCAGCCGCAACGCAAGCAGCCGCAACGCAAGCAGCCGCAACGGCCUCGUCGCCGUUUUCGUUCGCUUCUGUGAGGGCCGCGUCGGUGGCGGCGGCGUCCUUCUUGGCACGCUUGUUGCAUCCGCACUUCCGGGCGGCGUUGCGUCAUCCGUUUUCGCACUUUCUGCCGGAUCUUCAAAACCGCCAGAUUUUGGACGCAAAGAGGACGACGGUCUGGGGCGCGUCUGUGCAGGACCGACACACGGCUGCGCGGCGCCUCGAGCUUCCGCGCCUCGGGAAGGUUCUCCUGGUCGCCGCAGCUCUCGCAGCGUACACGCCGGCGAGCCGCGACAAGCGUCACUUCAACGACUGCUUCGGCAACGUCUUCCGCGUCGCGCGGCCCCGGCACGCGCCGCUGCUGCAGUCGCCCCUUCUGGCGACGGGGAGGACGGCCCGCGGGUCUCCCGCCGUGUCUUUGUCUCCCCGCAAGUCCGCCGGCAAGAGCGUCUCGGAGAAACUCGAGCAAGACUUCUUGCCGCGAGCUCUGCCGAAAACCUUCACGCUCCUCCGCUGGCUAGCUCUCGCCGAGUGUCUGGGCAGCGCGCCGGCCGCCAAGGGGCGCCAGGCGAGCAUCGGCAUGAUGGACGCAGGCACGUGCCAGCAGAUCGCGGCGUUGCUCCGCCUCGGCCUCGUGCGCAUUGCGACGGGAAGUGGAAACGACGCGCGGGGGAGCGGCGGGUACGGGGCUCUCGGCGUGCUGAAGACUGCCGCGCAAACUUGGGGCAGUGAGUGGACGCAGCCGCUGGGAUGGGUGCUCGGCCAGCAGCAGUUCCUCGCCGUGCAUGCGCGGGGCAAAUCCGACGUCUUCAUGCUCGGCGCGGGGACCAGCGGCGCCGCGGGGGGAGGGUACUUGCCGGAGCUCUUCAACUCGCACGCGCGUCUCGCUCUCCACGCUCCCCUCGGCGUCGUCAAGGAGUCCGCCGACUCACUCGGAAUCAACCUCGCAGAAGCGCUCGUCGGAUGA